AGUUACUAUUACAGGUAAUUUUACUUUACUAGUACAGUGCUUAAAGAAAAUAUACUCUUGUAAAAAUUGCUAAAAUCUUUUAUGUAAGUAUAGAACUGUUAAAAUGACUCCCACACCUGAGUACAGGGAUAUUCAAAACAAUGUGUAUAAUGGAGAAACUGCCGUGGGAGAGCACAUUGUAAUUUCUGGUAUGGCGGGACUUUACCCUAAGUCACAUAAUUUAGAGGAGUUGUCUAACAUAUUAUAUAACAAGAUUAACCCAGUUGAAAAAACUGAUCGUUGGAGCUCUACUCAUCCUGAAGCUUCUAAGUAUGUUGGCAUUAUCCCGGACUUGGAAUAUUUUGAUGCUCAAUUCUUUAAAGUACAUCAUCGACUUAGUAAUUUAAUGGAUCCUAUGUCUAGAAAACUUCUUGAACAGACGUAUCAAGCAAUAUUUGACGCUGGUUACAGUCCAGAUCAUUUGUCAGGAAAAAAGGUUGGAGUUUUUGUGGGCACCUGUUUUUCUGAAACUGAAAAAGCUUUUUUUUACGUUCUUAGUGUAAAAACUGGACUUGGAAUAACAGGAUGUAAUAGAAGUAUGUACCCUAACCGGAUAUCUUACUAUCUUAAUUUAAAAGGACCCUCUAUGUCUGUUGAUACGUCAUGCUGUUCUUCCACUACUGCUCUAGAGAUGGCAUACGAUGCAAUUGUCCGCGGGGAAUGUGAAGCUGCUAUCGUGGGAGGUUCUAGCCUAUGCUUACAUCCACAAACGACAGUUCAUUACGGAAGAGUUGUGGAUGUUUGUAAAGACGGAAAAACGAAAUCGUUCGAUGCAAAUGCCGAUGGAUUUUGCAAAUCAGAGGCUAUUAACGUUAUUUUCCUACAGAAAGCUAAAGAUGCACUAAGAGCAUAUGCGCGCGUCGUUCACGUUAAAAGCGAAUUCAUGUCACUCCCCCAAUCAGAAAUUGGUGCUGUAUGUGGUUUUAAUCGCAACCCUGCCGAUAUAACAAGAUUCUUGAAAACAUUUUAUGAAGAAGCUAACGUUUCACCUAGAGAUAUACAAUUUGUAGAAGCGUUUGGUGCAGGUAGCCAAGAAUGCGACAAAACGGAACUUGUAUCAAUCGAUGAAUUUUUCUGCAAAGGCAGAACCGAGCCAUUAAUGGUAGGAAGUGUGAUGUCCAAUAUCGGCUACGUUGAAGCUGCUUCAGGAUUGUCUUCCAUUACCAAGGUGCUGCUGGGUUACCAUCAUGGCAAAAUAGCGGCCAAUCUCAACUACCUCACACCACGAGAUGACAUUCCAGCGAUAAGAGACGGUCGGAUCCAAAUACUGUCAAAUCAUGAGAAAUUAAUUCCCACAUAUUAUACAGCAAUCAAUAGUUUUUCUAUGACCGGAGAAUUUGGUCACAUUCUUCUUCAGGGUUACAAUAAGAAAAAGGAUAUUGAGCAAUAUACGUCAAUCUUACCACGCCUCGUGCUGAGUUCAGGAAGACAAGAGACUUCGGUAAAAAAAAUUUUCAAUUAUCUGAAAAGUAAACCAAUCGACCCAGAAGAACUGGCUUUACUGAAUCAUUUCCACGAAAAAAAAAUUGGCGGCCAUUUGGGGCGUGGAUUUAUUAUACUUGAUACAAAAGAAAAUAAUGAAACCGUAAGUUUGCACGAAGAAUGCACUUACUUCGACCAAUGCAAACGUCCGCUAUGGUUCGUGUACAGUGGAAUGGGCUCGCAAUGGACGGGAAUGGGCAAGGCUCUCAUGCGUAUACCAGUAUUCGCUGCAGCCAUUGAAAGGUGCCAACGAGUCCUUGAACCAAAAGGCUUAAAUAUCGUAGACAUAAUUACUUCAGAUGACAAGAAAAUACUAGAUGAUAAUAUAAUACAUUCAUUUGUCGGUAUAAAUGCUAUCCAAAUCGGACUUACGGAUGUGUUACGGUCAAUGGGUAUUGUUCCAGACUACAUUAUAGGCCAUAGUAUGGGAGAACUCGGUUGCGCUUAUGCCGAUGGUUGUUUCACGGCCGAAGAAACUAUUCAAUGUGCCUACAGUCGUGGUUUGGUUUCUAUACAAACACCGUUAAUUCGUGGAUCAAUGGCAGCCGUCGGACUAGGACACAAAGAGAUGUCAAAAUUAUGUCCACCAGAAAUCGAGGUUGCUUGUCACAACUCGGCAUUUUCCUGCACAAUUUCAGGCCCAGCAGAUAUUAUGAAAGAAUUCCUACAAAGCUUAAACAGCAAAGGAAUAUUUGCCAAAGAAGUGCCGUGCUCAAAUAUUGCGUAUCAUUCACGUUAUAUUGCUGAUGCUGGACCAGGCUUAAAGAAGAUUAUGCAGGACCUGAUCAAGACGCCUCGCCUACGAAGUUCUCGUUGGGUGUCAACGUCAGUACCGCAGGACAGAUGGGAUGAACCAGAAGCAAGAUACAGUUCAGCGGAAUACCAUACUAAUAAUUUAUUGAAUCCAGUCCUAUUUGAAGAAACAUCGCAACUAAUUCCACCUGACGCGGUGCUGAUAGAAGUUGCACCUCACGGACUGUUGCAAGCUAUCCUCAAGCGCUCUCUACCUCAGUCCUGCAAAUUGAUUCCCUUGACUCGGCGUGAACACCAUGAUAAUUGCCUUCACCUACUGGAAGCUGUUGGACGAUUGUAUAUGGAAGGGUACAACCCAAAAAUACAGGCACUAUAUCCUCAAGUAGAGUUUCCAGUUUCAACAUCAACCCCCAUGCUGUCGCAUCUAGUUGACUGGGUAUAUCAAGAAAAAUGGUCUGUACUUAUACCGACUGCUGCUAAUAAGGCAAUCGCUUCAAUAUCCCAUGAUGUUAUUUGUACAUAUGACAAAGAACACAGCUAUUUAAAAGGGCAUAUUUUAAGAGGAAAAAAUCUUUAUCCGUUUUCUGCGGCUUUGGUCGCCGUCUGGGACACAUUAGCUGACAGCUUAAAUAUGAAGAAAGAGAAUCUGUCAGUACAGUUUGAAAAUGUGUACUUUUAUGCACAACCCGUUCUGCAUAAGAAGCAUCAGAUGCGACCUUAUGUCGCUAUACAGAAAGGGAACGGACGCUUCGAGGUAAUAAAUGAGAAAUCCGUCAUAAUGACAGGAAACAUAAUUCCUGAAAUCACAAACGAAAGAAAUAUAGAAAACAUUCCAACAUCUACAGAUGAAACAAAUAUCUCUACAAAUGAUAUUUACCAAUUACUAUCCGCGAGGGAAUACCAAUAUUUAAAUGACUUCCGUAGUAUUCACAGUACAAAUGAAUCUCUAUCAGAAGCACAAAUUCGUUGGAAGAAUAAUUGGGUGACUUUCUUAGACGGAAUAAUACAACUAAACAUUUUAAAAAGAAAACACAUUUCAGUUUCGAAACUAAAUCUUAUUAAGAAAAUUACUAUUGACGUCAACAAGCAACGUAAUAGCACUUUUGUUAAUAAUGGUGCAGUUCUUAUCAAUGCAAAAAUAUUAGAAUUGUAUGAUGUCACCAUUUGUGGCGGAGUUAUCAUGGAGUCUAUUAAAUUUAUCGACAUGCCAGUAUUAAAAAAUGAUAACAUGAAAUUAAAAACAUGCGAUUACCUACCUCUAUUUUCUGCUGCCAAAAUUAAUGAAAUGAAAUCGUUCCACAUGUUCCUACAAAUUGUAGCUGAUAAUACUAAUAUUUCAAAAGAAAAAUUAAGCAUAGCAGACACAUGGAAUGGGGACUUUAAAAUUCAAGAAAUAAUCAGUAGUAUUCCAGGGCUAAAUGCAAAUUACUUCAAAAUAAAUUUCAACGAAUCUAAAAACUUUUAUCCCAGCAUCGAUCUUAUUAUAACUUACGAUUUAUUAAAUAAUGAUGAGGUGGUCCAAAAACUAAAAAAUGUUCUAGCCCAAAAUACCUAUAUUAUCAAUAAAAACAAUAACGUGCAAAAAGACAGUCCACUCUAUACUCUAGUGGGUGCCCAUCAUAACAUAGAAGGUGGAAUAUUGGAGCUGGCUAUUUGGAGACCUACCAAGUCUGAUAUGUUAAAAUCUUUAGUCAUACGCGCGAAAUCAGACAGUUCAUUGCAAACUUUACAGGAUAUACCUGGGGGUGAAUAUUACUUUCCAUUAGAUGUUGAAACGGACUCAAUAAAAGGAGCUUCAUUGAGAAUUGCACAAAUUGGUAACCUUGAUUCACUAUAUUGGGUUAAUGAAAUUUUUAACGGUAACCAAUCAGGUGCAGAAGUUAAGGUCAGCUACGUUGGUGUCAAUGCUGUUUACGUAAAAAAGCUAUUGAGCACUCAAUUUCACGAAGACAACGAGCCAACCAAAAGCGUCAUUGAUUUCAGUGGCUUUACUAAAAGUGGUACCCGAGUGAUGGGGCUAGCACAUAGUGAUGCUGUAUCAUCUCAAAUAAACGCCAAUCCAGAGCUUCUACUAUCAGUUCCAGAACAUUGGACAUUGGAAGACGCUGCCACUGUUCCUCUCGCUUAUUCAAUGGCCUUUUAUAUUUUGUUUAUUAAAGUACAUCUGACAUCAAAACACAUUAUUUGUGUGCAAGGUGCUACUGGUGCUCUUGGACAAGCUAUUAUAAGUGUUGCUCUCGCCCACGGCAGUGAAGUAUUUGCUACAGUAAGCAGCAAUUCUAAGAAACAAUUUUUGAAAAAAAUGUUUCCUGAACUUAAAAAUGAUCACAUUAUCGACCAUUCUCGUGAUAUUAAUUUCGCUUAUUAUAUACAACACAUUACCAAUGGUAAGGGAUGUAACCUUUUAGUGUCAUGUGCAAUGGACGAGCUUAAAGAUUCCUCUUUUAGAUGUCUCGCAUCUUAUGGCGUAAUGAUAGAUACAAUUGGCAUUCCUAGUCGUGAAAAUUACAAAUUUGGAAUGCAUCAUUUGUUUUUCGACAAAGUAUAUUCUCCAAUCGACUUCUCGACUAUCUUCCAACAAAAAUUUUCCGGAGACAUACAAUUGAUUCGCCUGCUUAUGAUCGACGGUAUAAGGCGUGGGUACGUGCGGCCUCUGUCGCGGGUCACAUACCAGGCGCAGGAUGCUCCACGAGCCUUCCGUCUCCAAGCUGCUAGCAACCACCGCGGUCGCGUACUACUUGACCUACAACAGCUUAAAUUAAAUAUAACUCCAAGCAUCAAAUGUUCGAGUUCUUCAAGGCAACUUAUUAUAUCGGAUCACGAAAUGUUAGCGCUAAAACUGGCAGAAAGACUUAUUAAACGAGGGGCAAAACAUAUUGUUAUGUUAUUAGAAAAUGUAUCAAAUUAUGUAAAUCUUCAAAUUAGACAAUGGGAAAACGAUAAUGUGCGUAUCACAAUUACAAAAACGAACCCAAAAGAAAAAAAUUACUGCGCUUUUAUGAAAAAUUGCAAGGAUGGCUUACUAGAAAAUAUAUUUAUAAUUACAUCAAAUGAGAAAGAUAAAAAUGUCAUUGAGGCUGUAAAUAAGUUAGCAGUAUUCAUAACAAAGUCGACCUUCUCUUUAGAAUAUUUCGCGCUUUUAACGACAAGCAAAUUUAAUAUUAAAUCAGGAUCACGGUUUGGGACAACUGAAUACAAUGAAAUUAUCACUAAAAUUGAGUUGCCAGAGAUAGAACAAACACACGAAGCUGAUGGUACACGUAUACUUGAGAAAACCAAUGCGGUGUCGAUAAAUAGCGCCAUAGACGCUCUGGAACAAGCGUUGUGUUCACAGAAGAAGAAUAUACUGGUUCACAUAUCUAACGUUACUAGGAAAACGUUGCUUGAUGAAAUACUGUCGCUUGCAGGAAUAAAACCUGGGUACCAAUAUAAAAAUGGUGAAGAUGAUUUUAAAUUAAAGGAGCUCGCCAUGGAUGAAUCGAAACAAUUAGCCAUACAGGGAUUUUUACGAGACGUAUACGAAAUAAAUUUAAAUAUUGAAAAUAUACAAGAACUGUCAGUUAAAGCCAUCAAUGAAUUGGAAAAGCACUGCGUUGAAUUCGACUUUGAAAAUAAUAACCAAGGAAUAGCUACAUAUUUUCCUGCACUAUAUACUGAUGAGCUAUUAUAUACUACAGAUAUGUUAAUUAUGCCGACUUUAGCCUUUUCGGAUUCGGUCGACUUGGACUUUGACAUAAAUAAACCACAUUUGUGUAUUAUUCCUGGUGUAGAAGGCUACUACGAAAGCUUCACUAAAAUGUGUGAGAGACUCAAACUCCCUGCGUUAGUACUACAUCCAGGCUUAGACCACCCCAAUGAGACAAUCACAGAACUAGCUAACAGAUAUAUAAGUGUUCUGAAAAAGAAAGCUACACUGAACAAUAACUUUUAUUUGCUCGGCUAUGAAAGUGGAGUCUUAGUUGCUUUAGAGAUGGCAUCUAUUCUAGAAAAAAGAGGUUUGACUGGAACCGUUUUUUGUAUCGGUGGUACGCCAACAGAAAUAGUCAGGGAUUUUAAAAACAAUCUAAAUCGUUAUGAUACUAAGGAAGAAUUGCAAAUGGGCGUUCUAAAACAUGUCUACUCACUUAUAUCUAAAAAGGAUCCGAGUGUGAUAGAUCACUUGUGUAAGAAUUUAGAAUGGGAAGACAAGGUUAUGAUGACCUAUAUGGAUUUCAUCGAAGGCAAAUUUCCACAUUCGAUCCAAUAUAUCAGAAAAUGGAUUGAGUCUAUAUACAGCAAGCUAAUAUUAAUGUUGGAAAAUAAAUAUGAAAUGAAGAAUAUUAAGUCCAAAAUAAUAUUAUUACGCCCACAAUACUCCACUAACAUGGAUAUGUCGCCUGAAAAUUAUUCAAAUCAUAAUAUUGUAACGUAUCAACUAGAUUCACCACUGUCUUGCGCCCAACUGGAUGUGAAGUGUGCAGCGAUCAUUAAUUCUCACUUGGAUCAUGACACUUUGGAGUUAUUUAAAAAUAGAAAUAUUUGUCAUGCUUAUACUGUAAUUGAAAAUUAUCAUUUGUAAUUUUAAACAAUGCACAAUUAUUGUUAAAAUCUGCCAUUCUUCUUCGUAACGUGAUAAAUUAUACUUUGUGUUUUGACUUAGGUGGAAGUAAUAAAAUUUAAUGGGUUU